GUUACUUGACUGCAGGAUUUCGUUGUUCAAGAACUGAGACACGCGGUGUAAAACUUCUUUUCGACGUGUUGAAGGUAGAAGAAAAUGCCUCCAAAACAACAGCCAAAAAAAGAUCCAAAAGCUGCAACAGCUAAAAAGAAGAAAGAAGGAGGUUCUGCUGGUGGAAAAGCUAAGAAAAAGAAGUGGUCCAAGGGAAAAGUGCGAGACAAACUUAACAACCUUGUGUUGUUUGAUAAAGCUACCUAUGAAAAGCUCCUUAAAGAGGUACCGAUGUAUAAGCUGAUUACACCUUCUGUUGUGUCUGAAAGGUUAAAGGUCCGUGGAUCCCUUGCUCGUAGAGCCUUGGAAGAACUCCAUCAGAAAGGCCUCAUUAAGCAAGUGGUGAAGCAUCACAGUCAGCUUAUUUACACAAGGACCACAAAGGGGGAUGAUGCACAGUGAACAUUGUACUUUCCCUCUUGUGUGAAAUAAACACUUGUUUUCUAUAA